AUGGCAGACUUUGAGGCGCUGAAGGACCAAUGGAGUCAGAUUGAGGACACAGAUGGCGUCCGCCUGAGUUGGAACACGCUGCCCAGCUCGCGCAUGGAAGCCUCGCGACUCGUCGUGCCCAUCGGUGCCCUCUACACGCCCCUGAAGGAGAAGACCGACACCCCGCUGCUCCAAUAUGACCCCGUCGCCUGCAAAGCGCCGUGCAAGGCCAUCCUCAACCCCUUCUGCCAAGUUGAUAUGCGCGCCAGGAUGUGGAUAUGCCCCUUCUGUCUGCAGCGAAACGCCCUGCCACCGCACUACAAGGACAUCUCUGCCGAGCAGAUCCCCCCAGAGCUGCAUCCCAGCAGCACCACAAUCGAAUACCGCCUUCCUCGCCCAGCUCCAGCGCCGCCCAUCUUCUUGUUCGUCGUCGACACUUGCCAGGAGGAGGAUAGCCUGAAGGCGCUCAAGGACUCGAUCAUUAUGAGCUUGAGCCUGCUUCCGCAGUACGCUCUGGUUGGUCUGAUCACCUACGGUACAAUGGCCCAAGUACACGAGCUUGGCUACACCGAAUGCGCCAAAUCCUACGUCUUCCGCGGUAACAAGGACUAUGCUACGAAGCAGGUCCACGAGAUGCUUGGCCUCGGACAGGCCGCCCCCCGAGCGAACAUGCCCCAGCAGCCCGGACGACCGCAGAUGCCAAUGGGCAACGUCGACACUCGUUUCCUCCUGCCCGUCUCGCAGUGCGAGUUCCAGUUGACCAACGCUCUCGAGCAGCUGCAGAGGGAUCCCUGGCCCGUUGCCAACGACAAGCGCCCCUUGAGGUGUACUGGUGUUGCGUUGAGCAUUGCUGCUGGCCUGCUUGAAUUCCGUCAUCGCGAGGCCGGUGCGCGCAUCAUGCUGUUCAGCGGUGGCCCAGCUACCGAGGGGCCUGGCAUGGUCGUUGGUCCUGAGCUGAAGGAGGCUAUCCGAUCGCAUCACGACAUUGACCGUGAUAACAUCAAGUACUACAAGAAGGCUUUGAAGUUCUACGAAACCCUCGCCAAGCGCGUCGCACAGAACGGUCACAUCGUCGACAUCUUCGCCGGCUGCCUGGACCAGGUCGGUCUGCUCGAGAUGCGCGGUCUCUCAAACUCGACUGGUGGACACAUGAUCCUGACAGAUAGCUUUACGUCCUCCAUGUACAAGCAGUCGUUCGUUCGCAUCUUUAACAAGGACGAGCAGGACAAUCUGCUUAUGGCUUUCAACGCCAACCUCGAGGUUCUUACCACCAAGGAACUGAAGGUCACUGGUCUAAUUGGUCAUGCUGUCUCGAACAACAAGAAGUCUGUGUCUGUUGGUGAGACAGAGUGCGGUAUCGGCAACACGUGCUCCUGGAAGAUGUGUGGUAUCGAUCCUGAGUCGUCCUACGCUAUCUACUUCGAGAUCGCCGGCCAGGGUGGCCCCAACCAGAUGCAGGCUGGUCCUCAGAAGGGAAUGAUGCAAUUCCUCACAUACUACCAGCACUCGGCUGGUCAGUUCCACCUGAGGGUCACCACGGUUGCGCGCAACCUGAGCGGACCUUCUGGCGACCCAGCCAUUGCACAGUCAUUCGAUCAGGAGGCAGCAGCAGUACUCAUGUCAAGGAUAGCAGUUUUCAAGGCUGAGGUUGACGAUGGUCCGGAUGUUCUGCGAUGGGUCGACCGCAUGCUUAUAAGGUUGUGUUCGCGAUUCGCCGAGUACAGGAAGGACGACCCAUCGUCAUUCAGGCUCGAGAAGAACUUCACACUGUACCCGCAGUUCAUGUUCCACCUUCGUCGCUCGCAAUUCCUGCAAGUCUUUAACAACUCGCCUGACGAGACCGCCUUCUACCGCCACGUGCUGAACCACGAGGAUGUCAGCAACUCCCUCAUCAUGAUUCAGCCCACACUCGACAGCUACGGCUUCGAUCACGAAGGCGGUCAGCCUGUCCUUCUCGACUCCUCCUCCAUCCAGAACGAGACUGUUUUGCUCCUUGAUACUUUCUUCCACAUCCUUAUUUUCCACGGCGAGACCAUGGCUGAGUGGCGCAAAGCAGGGUACCAGGACCAAGAGGGCUACGAGAGCUUCGCCACACUGCUCGAGAGCCCCAAGGAGGAUGCCAAGGAUCUUAUCCAGGACCGAUUCCCGCUGCCACGAUUCAUUGUCUGCGAUGCAGGAGGUUCGCAGGCGCGUUUUUUGCUCAGCAAGCUCAAUCCAUCUACAACGCACACGACACAAAGUUAUGGUGGUGUAAGCCAGUCGGCACAGACCAUCUUCACGGACGAUGUUAGUUUGCAGACGUUUAUGGAUCAUCUCAUGAAGUUGGCUGUGAGCGGCACUGGUUAG